UUAUUGCUCAAACCAGUUACUGCCUCUAAUAAAUAUAUGGGCUAUGCAUAUAUAAGAAAUGAAUAUUAAAAACGCGAUUAAUAAAUAGAAACGUGAGAGAUAACAUUUUAUAAAAGCAACAAAACUUUUAUCAAUUGCUUUCAGGAAACAUUGCGAUGCUGCUUUUCGUCGCAUGUCUGCUGCCUCUAGUGGCGAGCGCGCUACUUGAUUCACAAACGAUCAUCAAGACACCAACUUUAAUUCUGGAUGUCCAUAACGGUAUCCAAACGGACGUCCGAUUUGUCGGAUGCUCAAAUAUAAAUCAUACGGUAGUAGACCUAUCAAAUUCUUCUCUUCGCGGAUUGGAAACCGCUUUCAAUAAUGUGCUGGAUGUGGAGUUGCUUAUUUUGGCCAACAAUUCGUUAACUUCUCUGCCGGAGUUUGUCUUUUCCAAUCUAUCGAGUUUAAGGACUCUGUCGCUGUCGGGAAAUCAAUUAUCAGAGAUCAAUAAUUUAUUUGUCGGUCUGAAGAAUCUGCAAUUACUGGAUAUCUCCCGUAAUCCUAUUGAAAGUUUAUGGCAAGGAGAACUAUUUGGUCUCACCAAAUCCGUCAAGAUUCUCACCAACGAAAAUAAGUUUCGGAUGAUUAGCACAGGCAUGUUUGCUAAACCCGUCAAAUUCCUGAACUAGUAUCGGCAACUGACAUUAAAACAAGAGGAGAAUUUCGGGGAGAUUAGUGAAGAGAAAGUGAAAAGAAAAAAAGAAGUCUGCGUGGAGGAGCGCAAUGUAGAUAGACUAUUCGUAAAUUCUCAAGAGAUUGUUAUAAAUCAUAACAACAACACUCAAAUAAAAAUCUGCAAAUUGGAUGGCAUUGUGACAACAUUGGCGAUCAUUGAGAAAGAUGAAAAGCUCGUUGAAGGAUGCGUUCAAGUGUUUGCCAACGCAAUCGAGAUGGAUAUUAGAAAGCAAAACAUCAAAGGUUUUCAAGAGAAUUGGUAUCAAUUGCUGGAUUCUUAUAUUUUAUUGGAUUUGUCGAGCAACAAUAUCACCGAGAUUGCGAUAGAGACGUUGAACAGUUUGGCCAAUCUAUGGACCGUGAAACUUCUGGGCAACAAGAUCCGUAGAAUCCGUAGCCAAGUGAUCGAAAACUAUUACCUGAAAACCAUUAACCUUAACAACAAUCUGAUCGACGAAAUUGAAGAGAAUGCGUUUGCAAGGACGAGAUUAUGGGAUUUAUAUCUGGGAAGUAAUCAGUUGAAAAGUUUAAACUUCGUCUCCAGUCUACCGGACACCCUAAUGCAUUUUGACGUGAGUCGAAAUUACAUAGCGUCUAUUCCUAACAGUGUUUUUUCCAAGUUCGAUAAUCUGAUCGGAUUAAAUCUCGAAUACAACGAAAUUAAAAUAUUACAGACAGAUGUCUUUCUAGGUUUAAAAGCUUUGUUUAACUUGAAUUUGAGGGGCAAUAAUAUAAUGACCAUCGAGGCUUCCGCUUUUAGAGGUCUGAGGGUUCUUCAAAUGAUCAAUCUGCAGUGCAAUUCUUUACACGAACUGCCGAUAAACACCUUCGCCGAAAUGAGGGUCGUGUGGAAGCUGGAUCUCAGUAAUAACAACAUCGCGAAAGCCAUGUUCAACGAACUUCCGUUCGUGAACUCAUUGCUCCUCGAUUAUAAUGAUAUUGAAGUUCUCGAGGAAGGCAAUUUUGUUCAAGUCCCGAAAGGCACUUUGUCAUUGACUGGAAACAGAAUCACAAAAAUAAAACGCGGCGCUUUUAAUCUACCCACACUUACGCAUCUGUAUUUGGAUAAAAAUCUCUUGACGACCAUUGAAGGCGAUAGCUACGAAGGUUUGAGUCAGUUAGAGCACCUCUCUCUCUCCGAAAAUAAAAUAUCAGAUAUUCGCAAGGGCGCUUGCAUAAAUCUGGGCAGUCUUGAUCUGUUGGACAUAUCUAAAAAUCCAUUUGAAAAGUUGAAAAACGGCUCUCUUCACGGCCUCGACACUGACUACCGUACUAGAAUAUAUAUUCGCGCAAAUAAUUUGAAAGAGAUACAAGGCGGAGUUUUUGAUGAUCUUUAAUAAAAUUUAUAUCAUUUUUUAAACCGUAAGUCUCUAACACGUUUUAUUAAACAUUCUAACAAAUAGA